AUGCGGAAGCGCAGAGUGAUCUUCAAAACCUCCGCCAUGUCGCAGUCUCAGCAACAGUCCGCGCGCCAGCACGCACAAGCUCCUGACCCCACCCAACCAUCGCCGUCCGACCGUCUGGAGGAGCUGCUGUCCGACUCGUCUUCGCGUUUGCAGGAAAUCACCGACGACGACGAGUUUGAAGACAUGGAGGAGGAUUCUCCCAAGGGCGAGGUUGUGCCGGACCUCGUUGACCUCUCCGUAGAGCCAAAAGUCCCCGCUUUGUACUCUGCCUUGCCGCCGUUGGUCGACGGGCUGAAGACGAAAUCCUCAGAAGACCAACGGGAAACCGUGGAGAAGAUCUUGCCUUACCAUACCGGGAACCCCUACAGCCGCAAGCUCAACUCGCACGGCAUCCCGCAUUUGCUCCGUCAAGAGCAUCUCGACUAUGCUAUUGAUGGAUUGUCUGAUUAUCCGGCACCUUUUGUCGCGAUGGAUGCCAGUCGUCCGUGGAUCCCGUACUGGAGUCUCUUCGCAAUUGCCAUUUUGGGAGGAGAUACAUCCGAGUUUCGUGAAGGUGCUGUUCAGAUGUACCGGCCACUGCAGAGCGCAACUGGUGGCUUCGGCGGAGGCCAUGGCCAAUCGCCCCAUGUCAUAGGAUCAUAUGCCAGUGUCCUCGCUCUCGUCAUUGUGGGCGGAGAGGAGGCUUACGACCUGAUAGAUCGCAAGGCCAUGUGGCACUUCCUUGGACGCAUGAAACAAAAUGACGGUGGCUUUACCGUCGCCGAUGGGGGCGAGGAAGAUGUGCGCGGCGCGUACUGCGCUAUGGUCAUCAUAUCCCUGCUCAAGCUCCCGCUCGACCUGCCUCAGGACGCACCUGCCCGUGCUGCCGGCCUCAUGUCCUUCACUGACCGGUUGCCUGAGUGGAUAUCAAGUUGCCAAACCUUUGAAGGCGGCAUUGGCGGUGCCCCAACCAAUGAGGCCCAUGGCGCCUACGCUUUCUGCGCACUGGCUUGCCUCUGCAUACUGGGUGCGCCAUUUGACAUGCUCAACCGACACCUUGACCUGCCAGCGUUGAUUCAUUGGCUAUCGUCGCGGCAGCAGGCGCCCGAGGGUGGCUUCGCCGGGCGCGCCAACAAGCUGGUCGAUGGUUGCUACAACCACUGGGUCGGCGGAUGUUGGGCGCUGGUGGAGGCGGCGCUACAAGUUCCAGGAACGACGGACAGGAGCGUCACCAAAGGCCUAUGGAGCAGAGAAGGCAUGGUGCGUUACAUCCUAUGCGCGUGCCAGGGAAAGAAUGGUGGCUUGAGGGACAAACCUGGAAAGUGGACUACCUCCAAAGCCCAGCAAACCCCCAACGUGCAAAUCUAUCUCGUGAAGAUAACUUGCUACAACCUCUCCGGCCUCAGCGCUGGUCAGUACCGCUACACAUACGUCCCCCCUGAGACGGCCAACGCCUCCUCUAGCAACGGCGGAAGCAGCUUUUCGCCACCGCUCAAUGCUGGCUUCUACUGGGCGGCUGAGGACGCGCCGGAGGACAGUGACCGUGUCUGGGACGAGGAGGACCGUGUUGGCAAGAUCAACCCCGUGUACGUGCUCCCGGAAGGCGUAGCCGAGACGGCGAGAAGGUACUUUGAGGAGAAGGUUGGGUUCUGA